AUGGGAUCAAUCACUCCUCCUCCAGAAGAAGACCAAUCCCUAAUCUUCACCCACCUUCCUCCCUUCCCGACCAACGUCCCAACCGUGCCCCUGCUCCGCCUCAACCUCUCCAAACUCCUCUCCAACGAUGCGCUCGAAGAAGAAAAACUCUGGCGCGCAUGUUGCGACCUAGGAUUCUUCUACCUCGACUGCCGCGGCGGAAACGGAAUCGACAGGACAACUCAAGUCAAAAUCUCAGGUGACCAUCUCCUGCAUUCCGCGGACGAACUCUUCGAUCUCGCCGAAGGAGUUUUCGACUUACCGGUCUCAGAGAAAGCGAAAUACGACAUGAUGGGCGAGAAUUCAUAUUUCGGGUACAAAGGUUAUGGAGAUGGUGUGAUUGAUAGAAAGGGAACGAAGGAUCGGGUUGAGUUUUGGAAUAUUUCGAAAGAUGAUAUUUUGGGGAUUAGUGAGAGGUUGAAGAAUCCGGAGGUUUUGAGGGGGGAGGAGAAUCGAGGGAAGAUUCGGGCGUAUAUGUUGGAUUGUCAUGCUGUUGUUACGAUGAUCUUGGGGAGGUUGGAGAAGAGACUGGGAUUGCCUGAGGGGAGGUUGAGGGAUUUGCAUCGUUUGCAGGCUGUGAGUGGGGAUCAAGUCAGGUGGGUUAAGAGUCCUCCGCAGGAUAUCGAUGAUCGGAGGGCUGCGUUGGGGGAACAUACGGAUUUUGGAUCUGUGACUGUGCUUUUCAAUCGGCUCGGUGGGUUGCAGGUAUUGCCGCCGGAGACGGAGGAGUGGGCGUAUGUGAAGCCUUUAAAGGGCCAUUGUGUUGUGAAUUUGGGGGAUGCGAUGGUGAAGUUUACCGCGGGGAUUUUGAGGAGUAAUAUGCAUAGGGUUGUGAAUCCGCCUGGGGAGCAGGAGAAUGGGACGAGAUAUAGUCUUGUGUAUUUUAAUCGGCCGGGGGAUGAGGUUGUGUUGAAGGUUCUGGAGGGAAGUGAGAUGAUUGAUGCGAAGAGGAGGGAGAACCCGCAGGUUGAGAGCGGUGAGGAAAUUAAUGCGAAGGAAUGGAUAUUGAGAAGGGCGAUGGGUAGGAGGGCCGGUGGUGACUGGGAAAAGGGACAGGGUACGGACAAAGAGAGGAUGGAGAAGCAUGAUAGUGGUAUUGCAGCUUCCUAG